GAGCCAUAAGCAACUUAGCCAAUCGGGAAGAGGCGGUGCGUCAUCACCCCCCUCGGCCUUAGCGUUAGCGGUUUCGCUUCAGUCUCUUCCUGCCGGUUGAGGGCGUUGGUGGCAGUAGCGGGAGAUGGCGCUGGGCUCGGCCUGGAAGCGGAUGUCGUGGCUGUACUACCAGUACCUCUUGGUCACGGCGCUCUACAUGCUGGAGCCCUGGGAGAGGACGGUCUUCAAUUCUAUGCUAGUGUCCAUCCUUGGAAUGGCGCUUUACACUGGCUAUGUUUUCAUGCCUCAGCAUAUUAUGGCCAUAUUGCACUAUUUUGAAAUUGUGCAGUGAUGAAGAACAUUACUAGAUGUGACUAAUUGGAGACCGAGGAUCAGAGUGCUAAGAAUAAUGUCCAUCUACACUUAAGGAUUUCGCCAGAUAACAGACAAGGCAUGAUGACGGUGACUGUCAGCUGUGCACAGAAAGAUGCAACAUGCCCUGAGUUUUGGUGGCAUUUUUUCUUUACGAGAUUCCCUUGCAACUUUUGUCUAUUAAUAUUGUGACUGUACCUUUGAUAGCAGUAUUUUCUUAACUUUGUGACAGUCUCAGUAUUACACUGUGAAAGCUUUUCUUAAUAUAACUGAGUACAUUUUGCCUUCUAUUUUUAAUCAGAAAUCAUCUUAUUAAAUGGAGCUUAAAGCUUUUGCUAUUGUAUAGUUAUAUGUCCACCUGGGUAUAUUUCUAGUAGCGUAUUUUGUAAGAAAAAAGUGUUUAGGUUCCUAUGGAGAUGUGGAUAUAUUCAUGGAAUCUUUCUUACAAAACUUUGUUUAUAAGUUCUAACUCAGGUGCUUCAAUUACAAUCUGGACUGUUCACUCUAUUUUGCUUUAACAAUAAAUGGAAAGCUUUUUUUCUUUUCCAUUUGUAGAAGAAUGUGACAACUAAGUACUGUAUAUUUGGAACAAUGUUGUGGAAGAGAGAAGUACUGGAUCCAACAUGAAGACUUCAUUUAUGUAAUGCAUGCCAUCUAGAGAUUUCUGAUAGCAUAUUAAUGCUGUUAUUAUAAUGCUUCUAACAGAACUGUACCCUUAUGCUUCUAAUUGAACUGUAUUUGUAUAUGUUUUGUUUCCCCAAAAAGCUAAUUUUAAUAUAGACUUGAAUUAAAGGACUGUGGCUAUGGCUGUUGUCUAUAAUAUAAUCAUGUCUGUAUUGUGAACCUGUGGUUGUAAUUACUGUUCAGACUCCUUUGACUUCUUAGACCAGGGGUGGGAAUAAUGCAGCCUUCCCUGUCAAUAGAUUGCAGUUCUCAGCAAUCCUAGCCACCAUAGCCAAUGGCGAGGAAUGCUGGAAGUUGCAGGCACAUAAGACUGCAUAUCCCCCCCUUCCUUAGACCAAAUGACCAAAAUAUAAAGUUUGAAGUGGACUAGAGCUUAAAAGUACAGCAAUAAGGAGCUGUCUACUAGGCUUGAGUCUUAAGUUUUUAUAGCUUUUUGAGAUUUGUAUUCUGAAGUGUAAGAUGUCAAUUUUUAAGGUGAAGGUUAUUUUUUUCCAAAAUAAAAACUAAAAGCAGA